AUGAAAAUCUUCAUUCGAGGUGGAAUUUGGUCAAAUGUUGAAGAUCAAGUUCUCCUCGCUGCGUACAUGAAGUAUGGUAAUAACCAAUGGACAAGAAUUGCCUCUCUUCUUCCAAAGAAAUCACCUGCACAAGUAAAAGCUCGUUGGGAAGAAUAUUUAGAUCCAACAUUGAAGAAAACACCAUGGACUCAUGCUGAUGAUGAGAAAUUACUUCACCUUGCUCGCUUUAUGCCUAUGCAAUGGCGUACUAUUUCACAAUAUUUUAACAGAUCUCCUUAUCAAUGCAUAGAAAGAUAUCGUGAACUUAUUGACAAGGCUACAAAUACACCAUAUAUAGAUGAUAACGAGUCCGCAAUUCAACACCAAAUGAUGCCAAAUUUUGAAACCCUCAAAGCAACUCCAGAUGGCGAAGAAUUCGACCAAGAUGAGCGUGAAAUGCUUGAAGAAGCUCGUGCCCGUCUCGCAAAUACGCAAGGAAAGAAAGCUCGUCGUAAAGCAAGAGAACGUCAAUUAAAUGUACUUAGAAAAAUUGCAAAGAUGCGAAAGAAACGCGAACUUGAUGCUGCUGGUCUUGUUAUUGAAGAAAAGAGGUUGUGGGAAGAUGAAGAAAUCGAAAUUGAUCCAUUUCGCACUCAUAAGCCUUUUUCUGUUAAAUUCAAUACAGAUAAAGACGAUAAAGCUCUCAAAGAUAACAGAUUGAUAAGAAUCAAGUCAAAACAGAAAGCAGUUAAGAAAAAUUUAGAAAGUUUAGAUCAUCUCAAGCAAGAACUCAAAAACGAAGAGAAAAAGCUUGAAACACCAAUAGAUCAUAGACGUACUGACUUAGUUCUCCCUCAGCCAACGAUUUCUGACUCAGAAUUAAAAUUGAUCGAAGAACUUCGCCAUCAUAACUCAGAAUAUCUUCAAUCGAGAUCAUCUUUAUCAUUAUUUAACGGAAUGCAGAAGCAGCAGCAAAAUAAAUUUGAUUUCAGCAUUGAAGAAAAAAUUGAAAAGGAAGAAGUCGAAUACAAGACUCCUGUUUACGAGAAAUCUCUUCCUAGACCUAUACCAUUGAAAUCUGAUUAUCUAGAAACUGUUGGUCGCGUUGAAGAUUUGGCAGAUUCUUUAAUAAGAGAAGAAGCUUUCAAACUUGCACUUAUGGAUGCCAGAAAGCAUCCUGAUACUAGAAGACCUCCUCCAACGCUUGUUGUUCCUAUAAAUGACGCAAUUGAAACGAAUUUCUUGACAGACGAUAAAUCAAUGGCCAUCCCACCAGAUUCCCUUUAUGAAGCUGAAAGAAUGAUCAAUGACGAGGUUUCCAGUGUUGUCAGGCCUUAUUCUGACGAAGAAUUUGCAAAUGAAUGGGAAAAGCAGCAUCCAGAAGAAGAAGACAAUGUUGAAGAGCCAUUAAAUUCUCUUUCAUCCAAAGUUACGAAGAUGAGACAAAUUUUGGACCAAAGAUCCAAAUCUUUUCUUGCAUCUUCAGAAAACUUGGUUACGGAGAUAAACCAACGCUCAUCUCGUAUUUCUAACCUCCUUCGAAACAAAGAUCUUUACCUUUCUAUUGCAGAAAUUGAAGAAAAAACACUUCAACCGAGAAUUGACGUCAUUAAGCAUUCUAUUGAAGAUCUCGAGAAGAAACAAAUGGAGCUUAACAAUGAAAUUGGAAGGAGAAUGAUGGAAAUCAAGGCUGAAGCAAAGAAAGCAAAAAGAAUCAAAAAAGAAUGA